CACUGAAAAAGUACUUUAAAUUUUUUAAAAAGUAAUUUUAACAAAAGAAGGGAUCUCUUUGCAGACUUGUGACACUGCAUCAACAGCAGCUGAUGAUGUGGCACAAUACUUUUUUUUUUUCGCUAGCAAAUCAGAAGAGGGACUAAGACUAUUAUUUUACUUUGCCUUCCCACAAGGCUCCUCACCACAAAAUAUGGUUUAGAGACAUCUUUCUUUCCUCCAGCUGUGUUAGGCUAUUGCUCAGAUGAUUUCAUCAGCACACUAAGCUGCUCCCUUCUACAGCUUGAGCUUCCCAGACUUCCAAGGAGUAACUUCUAUUGGUAAGCAGGAAUAAAAAGAACCAGUUGCAUUAUCUUUUGCAGUGAGGAGUAACUCAUGCAUCUUAUGGUAGAAGUACAAAUUCAAAUAUGGGGAUUCUGAGCCAGCUAUCAAUCAUUUACCUCCUCUGGACCACUGCUGUAUUUUGCCAAUAUGAAGACUACGAUUUUGGGGACGAAUAUGAUGAGCCAGAUCAUCAACAUCCAUAUUAUUUUAACUCUAAUCCAAGCGCACAAGCUGAGGUUCCUCACUUUCCUUUUCCAGUUGAGUGUGCCAGAGAAUGCUUUUGUCCACCAGAAUUUCCACUAUCUAUGUACUGUGACCAUCGUAAGCUUAAAACAAUACCAAACAUCCCUGCUCACGUCCAACAACUCUAUCUGCAAAACAAUGAUAUUGAAGCUGUACCUGCAGGACCAUUCACUAACGUUACCAUUUUAAGAGAAAUUAAUCUGAGCUUCAACAAAAUUAAAUCUCAUCUGAUCGAUCGUGGUGUUUUUGCCAAAUUGUCAAACUUAGUGCAGCUUCAUUUACAGCAUAACGAAUUAGAUCAAUUUCCUUUCCCACUUCCCAGCUCUCUGGAGAGACUCCUCCUUGGCUUCAAUAAGAUUUCCCAGUUACCUGGAAUUGCACUGGAUGGAUUACCAAACAUAACCAUGCUUGACCUCUGCAAUAAUUUUCUUGACGAUUCAGCACUCAAAGGAAAUCACUUUUCAGUCAUGAACAACUUAAUGCAGCUGAACUUAUGCAACAACAAAUUACAGACCAUGCCUCCUAGCCUGCCGUCGUCACUUAUGUAUCUCUCUCUUGAAAAUAACUCCAUUUCUUAUAUUCCAGAAAACUAUUUCAGCAAACUCCCCAAGAUCAUUGCCCUAAGAAUGUCUCACAAUAACCUGCAGAACAUUCCACGCAACACCUUUAUUAAUCUCCAAAACCUUUUAGAACUUAACCUUGGACAUAACAAAUUGAAACAAGUAUUCUAUGUUCCAAGAAGUCUGCAGCAUUUGUACAUUGAAGACAAUGACAUUGAAAUGAUAAAUGUUACUUUGAUGUGUCCAUCUAUUGAUCCAAUGAACAUCAACCAGUUAACCUAUAUACGGGUGGACCAAAAUAAGCUAACAGCUCCAAUAAGCACAUAUGCCUUCUUUUGCUUCCCUCAUAUUAGAACCAUUUACUAUGGAGAACAAAACAGUAAUGCCAACAAGUCAACACAAAUCAGAACAGCAGUGUUUCGACGACUUUUAACACCAGAAGAAUACGAUGAAAUAGAAGAUGAUCAUGAAACACAGGAUCAAGAAACUGAGGAAGAGCACGAAGCAGAAAACAAUUAUUUUUUUCCUCACUUUUGGUGAAAUAAUCAUUGUUAAUGAGUACAUAUAGAAAUUUUUCCUUACUUAUGGAGUAUUCGUGCCCAUUUUAGAACAGAGUUAAAUAUUUCGGGAUCUUUAAGCUAUAAUCUAUAAAGCGGAGAUAGAAUUUUAGUGCAUAUAAAUAUGCCAUUAGCAAUGCAGAAAAAAAUAUAAUACUAACAGCAAGAAUACUCAUGUCAAUGUAGCAGUAUGAUAUACUGAUGAUGGACUUACUUGUGGGUUGGCAGCCUAAGCAGUAGAAAAUUGACCUUCCAUGUUCUAAAGUGAUUCAACUUGCCAAAUGUUUAUAGCACAGAUGAUGUCAUGCUCAACAGGAAUAUGUGGACAACAUCAAAAAUCUGUCCAGCUAGAUGUUCAACUACUGGAAGUAGUAAGAAAACAGUAGAAAAUAGACAUACAAGAGAAAAACAUUUGAGAGCAAGAUCACAAAAGAUCACAAUGUUGUUGCACAUCUUCCUCAAAUACAGAUGUUGAUUCAUUCACUAUCUAACUGAAAAGGAAAAUCAAACAUUUGGGUUUCAGAUCUUAAUCUAUUGUCUGUGCAGUGUCGUGCCGAGAUGUAUUCUUUACUUCUCAACCUGUGCUUCAGCUAUCACAAGUCUUUCAAAAAGAUUUUAGUUGAUUAGACAUGAAGGCAAUGAAUGACUUUUCAAAGGUUUUAAUGAUGUGCAUUAACACAACUCCGAACCAUGAGACUAAAGCAUAGGUAAAACAGAAGUACUAUUUUAGUUCAGAAGGAAUUAAAAAUGUAAUGCUUUAAUUAGAGUUGCACAUCACUAGAGCAGGCACACAUAGUGGCAUUCCAGGCUUUAUUAACAAUUUAGACUACCCUUCAGUGUAACCAAUACCAAUAAGCUGCACCCCCUGCUUCAAAGUUGAGCAAAAAUUGCUUCAAGUAAUCCAAAGAAAAGUAGCAUACAUUGUCUGAGCUAUGGAAAGCAUUUUGUUAUGUCUUAUACCUAAAGAGAUUCAAGUUACUACAAGGUAAGCACACAAAGCACAUAAGCCUUCAGUUUAAUUAAAUUCCUCAUUUUUUCAGCACUUCACUGAAGAACACAAGUGCAAUAAGCCACACAUCACACUGCCACGUUUAUAUUACACUUUAAGUUUAGGGAAACUAAAAAAGUGCAUUAUAGAAAUGAGCAAAUUUGUACAAGAAUUUCUAAAAAGUUUUAGCUUUCUUACAGUAUCAGAUACUUUUUGAAGCCCUUCUUAGUAUAUUUUGUUUUCUAAUGCAACAAAUAACAUGCUAACAAACUGAAAAACCUUAAUCAUGCGUCUGUAUUUCUAAACUGAAAUUAAGGCCUCAUAAGCACACGUAUAUAACCACAUCCUUAAGAACAAAUUCUUUGAGAAAUCUAUGCAUACAAAAUGUAUUAUAUCAUAGGCAACUUGGAUACUUAUGUGAACUAACUCAAUCUUCUUUCUUUCCUCUGCCCCCACAUUUUUUUCCUUUCACGUGUGUAGUGACCAUGAAGAUAUGGUAAACGUAAACGUCUAGCUUCAGCUUUUCAGAAUGUAU